UGGAAUAGACCGGUCUAGGUGCAAUGCUGAAUAAAAGGGGUGUGCUUGUUUUCUCUUAUCAGGGAGCUUGAAGAGAAGAGUCUAUCAAGAUGUUGCAGGGCGGCGGCACAUCAGGUGCUCCCAAGAAAGGCCUGACGCUCGAUGACCUCAUCGCGGCUAUUGACAGGCAUGAAAGAAAUCCGAGCAAUAUCCCCAAGGUCGAUAGCUUCCAUUUUUGUGGGGAGAGAGUCUCAGAAUGGCUGGAGCGGGUGGAACAAGCUCUCGUCGGGCGGUCGGAUGUUGUAAAAUUUCAGCGCAUUCUCCAGUACGUUCUCCAUAGCUACCACCAGGAAGUGAAGAAAGUUAUAGAUGCGGCUCAAGGUAGCUUGGAAAGAUUCAAGGAAGGAAUGCAGAGGAAGUACCGUCUGGGAGACGGAUUGUUGACCACUACGGACCUUGAGGCGAUGAACAAAGAGGACUUCACGAUGAUAGGGGCCUUUGUCCAAGAAUUCAAGAAAAGGGCACGGAAGGUCCAUGGGAUUUCGGAAGAGGCGCAAUGCGCAAUCUUCCUAGGGCUACUCACGGCAUCGGAGGCCGUUGAGCUGACAAGACAUGGAGGGGGUAGCACUAAGCUCACCUGGGCCACCAUUGACAGAGGGGUGGAAGUUGGAUGCUUGGACCAGGUGGAGCAACGUCAGGUACGCCUGCAAAGACAGAAGAGAAAGGAAAGAGACGCGACCGCUUCUGGGACCCCGGGGGUAACAAGGAUUGUUACAGACGUAUUGGCACAGCUGGGAUCAGGAAAAGCGCUGGCGCCUCAGGCGGUGGUGACGGCUCCUCCAAGUGUGGCGGCGCCCUCGUCUAGUGCGGGCCCCUCGCAAGGAGGGGCACCCUCCUACGGACAAUGGCCCUGGUCGGUGAUCAAUGCAAUUGUGCCAUGGGGUAGCCCGCCGCCAGUAGUCGGACCACAAAUGAGUAUGCCGCCACCCAUCUACCCCGCAGCCCAGGUCCAGCCUGUGGCCCCGCCGCCGUCACCUGCUCCCAGUUCACAGGGAAGCGUGGCUGGAGGUGGGAACCAGGGGCUGGGCAAUCAAGGCAACGGAGGGAUGGGUGGAGGAAGGGGGCGAGGCAGGAAUGGCGGCGGAAGAGGAGGGCCAUGGAAUAGUCAAGGCCGAGAAAACCAAGGCUCGGGGUACCAAGGCCAGGGGAAUCAAGGCCAAGGGUACCCAGGCCAGGGGUAUCAAGGCCAGGGGGAUCAGGGAAGUCAGGGGUAUGGGAGACCCCGUUUUGACUGGAGGACGGCCAUCUGCCAGCAUUGUGACCAGCAAGGCCACACCAUAAGGUUCUGUAACAUAAGACGGGAAGACGAGAGGAGCGGGCUGAUCUCCUCCACCAUGGAUGGGAACAUUUACGAUCAGUUUGGGGAGGCCAUUGACAGAAGGCUUGGAGGAGUGAGAGCGGAAGCCCAACGAACGGCGGCAGCCGGGCCGCCACCCCCUGCCACAUUCAGGCUAUGGCAGGAAAAGGAGGAAUCACUGAUUGGGGUAGAGGAAGUGGGGAGCGACGAGGAAGUGGCUCAAGGACCACGUGGAGGAAGUAGGAGGGGAGAGCCCAUAAUCAUCGAAUCGGAUGAUGAAGACGAGGAAAGAAGGAUGGAAUCGCCAUCCGUUUUAUUGGGCAAGAUGGAGGACCUACUGAACAAGGUGGGAAGGUACCAGCAGAAGUUGGUAAACCUCUGCGACGAAAUAAAGAGAUGGAGGUCUAGCAUCCCCAAGGUGUUCCUUUAUGACUCCGGCCCGGACUCAGCACCUGGGCGUCCCGGAGUAAAUAUGGUGGGGUCAAGCCCACAGUCAGGAAUGAUGGGGAGACCCCUCACUCCGCAGGCCCGGCUGGCACAGGCAGCACAAACGAGAAGUCAAGCCAAGGCCAGUGCCAAACAAGAACCUCUGAGAAGGGAGCCAGAGCCAGGGAAAAGAAAGGAGGCUGUGGAAGUGGAGGAUGACGACAAUGAGGAGGAAGAGAACGAGAGGUUGCGCAGAGAAGAGGAUCAGAGAGCGGAGCAGCGGGCCAGGAAAAAGGGAGCCAGGGGAGAGGUCGAGCCGGUCGUGCGCGACGGACAGCCCAAAAGGAAGAAGUACGCGGUUCGGUUGGAAGAGGGAUUUGACGUAGAGAAAGUGAUCGACCGGCUGCUGGAAGGGCAUAAUGACCUCAUGACCCCGAAGGAAAUCCUAGCGUCGGCCCCGCGGCUCCGCGAUGAACUGAAGGGGAGAUUGUCGUGGCGCCUGGUGCCUAAUGUCCAUCUAGGUACGAUCCUGCCCAAGGAGGCUGAGUGGGCGGAGUCGGGUACGAAAAUGGACUGGAAGUGUGUAGCCUGCGGCAUGGUGGAUUUGGUGGUGAAGGGUUCUACGUGCGCAGCAAUGGUGGACACUGGGGCGGAGAUGAACAUUAUCCGGGAGGUGGACGCGAUCAGAUUCGGGCUGGAUACAGAUCGUUUUGACUGCGGUAUUCUGCACGGAGCUUGCUGCAAGGUCGUGUUUUGUGGGACAGCCUCGAAUGUACUCAUCGAGGUUGGAAAGGUGAAGGCCCGAGCUUGCUUCUUCAUCAUGCCGGACGUGGACUACGGGAUCCUCCUAGGAAGAUCAUUUUUUAGUAGGACAGAAACUGUGAUGUUCAACAAGCAUGACGGUACUUUGAUCCUCCUCCUAUGUGACCCUGCGUGCGGGAAUUACGAAAUAAUUACCUGCAGAAAUACAGGACCGAGGAGUAUAAGGAACCGGCCCAACCCAGGAUCCUUCAUGAUUGAAGAAUCGGAGGGCGAGCGCCGAAGGCUUCAAGCGGAGCCGAAAGGAAAAGAAGAGGUGAAAGCGUUUUCCCUUAGCCUAUCGGACAUCGGGAAGGCCAUGGAUUUGGUGGCCGCGCAUGAGAUGGCGGAUCCGGAUGCCAUCCAGGCCUUGAUGGAGCAAGUUCUGGAAUGUCCUGAGGCAGGGAGAUUGACGCUGCGCUGGGUGCAAGAUCUGCAGAGGCUGAAUGCAGUGACUGUGCGGGAUGCUGGAGGACUGCCCAAUGCGGACGCGCUGUCGGAAUCCUGUGCUGGAAGGCCUAUAAUCUCACUUAUAGACCUUUACUUAGGAUAUGAUCAGUUCCCGGUCUACCCGCCAGACAGGCCGGUGACGGCUAUGCACACGCCGCGAGGACUAAUCCAUAUGAACGUGGCCCCACAAGGGUGGACCAACGCGGUAGCAAUGGUCCAACGGGCCAUGAUUCGGGUUAUGCAGUCAGUCAACCCCCAUAUCACACAGCCAUACAUCGACGAUUUGGCAGUGAAGGGGUCGGCAGUGAAGGAGAGCGACGACGUCUCACCAGGGGUAAGGCGCUUUGUUUGGAAGCACAUCCAGGACCUCGAAAAGGUCCUGAGCCUGCUCGAGGAGCAUAACCUCACGGCGAGCGGGGCCAAAUCCAGACAAUGCAUGAGGGAAGCUACUAUCUUGGGGUUCGUCUGCAGUGAGAAGGGCCGAGGGCUGGAUGUGAAGAAGACGGACAAGAUAACUGAGUGGCCGGUUCCGUUCCACUCAAUAACUGAUGUCAGGAGCUUCCUUGAUGAACUAAGUCGGAUCAACUGGGAUAAACAGGAAGGGGAGGUGGUAGAGAAUACACCCCCAGUUGAUGGAUUUCUGGACCAGGAAGAAGAUGUCCGUCUUCAUAUUAACAAAUGGUCGCCGCAAGUACCCAGCUGUGUAGGCUAUCCUAUCUGGCAAGCGCCAAGUGGGUACGAACGGAGGGCUGAGCUAGUCCUCAAACCCUUUGAAGAAGAGGAUCCCUGGGGUAGUAAGGAUGUUCCGUGGAUGAUGGAGUUAGCGUUGGCCAGCUCGCAUAGCCUGGUGGAGGACAUGAGGACGAUGGAGGAAGGGUCAGGCCAGGUAGAACGGCAUGAGGACCUGAUGGGAGGAAUGUAUUUCCUCGUCAACACGUUAUUGCAGGAAAGCCUCGACCAAUCAGGCUCGUUGAACUCGGCAGGGAAUGUGGACGAAGUGCCAGAGAGCCAGGACGACGAGUUCGAGGAGGGGGAAAUUAAGGAAGCCUUUCGUGUAGAAGAGUAUGAUGGGAUCUACCUAGAGCGGGGACUCCUUCUGUCGUGCGAAAUGCGAUUAAGGAUGCGAGUGAUAGGGCUCAGAGGAUGAGGGCAUCGAGGGAUCCAAGCCACUUAUGCCAAAAUAAACGAGCUGUACUACUGGGAUGGAAUGAUGGAUAUGGUUGGGAGGUUCUGCCCGUCAUGCGUGCCCUGCCAGGAGAGAUCUCGUUUAAGGCAAGGAGAGUCGCUGCAUCCAAGGCUAGAGCGAGAAGUGGGGGUUGUAGUGCAUCUCGAUCUACUUUUCAUGCCGCUUGGGGAUCACAGCUAUAACUACAUCUUCGAUGCGUGCGAUAACCUAUCUAGCUUCGUAGAUGGGCGUGUCAUACGUACCAAGACUGAUUCGGUCUUGGUUAGUUGCAUCGAGGAGUACUACUUGCGUUAUCCUUUCGUCUGGGAAUUCGUAAUGGACAGGGGAUCGGAGUUUACCUGCCAGGAGGUGCAGGAGUUGCUAUCAAGGUCUGACUUUACGAAGACAGUCAUGCCAAGAGGAGGGAAGGGGACACGGCCGCCUCGGAGGCCGUUGGGAGCAUCAGGAGGAUAUGAGCGGCAUGGGCCUCGCCAUCGAGAGAGUACUCCGGUGUACGAUGAUGGGGACAUCGAGCUAUUCCUGGACAGCUUUUGGGAUCAUGCGAGGCGUAUGGGCUGGACCGUGGCCCAGGCGAUUGAGAGACUGAGGGGAGCAGGAAGGUUUGAGGAGCCCAUUACCAGGAUUCGUAGGGAGGCGACGACGAGACAAGAGGUGGAGACGAGGAUGCAGGAGCUGCGACCCUCGCCUGUGGGACCAGAUGGCAGGCCGAUCCGCCAAGAGAUCGGAAAUUCAGCAGAUUUUAUUCCUGCCUUCGAGUGGUUCAUGCAGGGGCAGGGUAUACCGAGAGAUGAGUGGGCGAGGACGUUACCCCUCUGGACCAGAAAGGCGGAGAGGGGACUGGCUAAGCAGGUCAGAGACAUGGCUCGGGACUGGGAGAGCUGCAGGGCACAUCUGAGAGAGACCUUUCGACGGCCAGAGCCCCCUCAGCCCAGAGUUGAGAGGCGUCAGAGGCGUCAGAGGAGUCAGAGGCAGAGGGACCCUGAGCCCAGGGAGGCGAGGCCAUCUCGAGGAGGACGGAAGGCCCUAGCUAGGAGAGAGGAGGAACCAGAGCCGAAGCCAGAGGCUGAGGAGCGAGGGGCAUACCCUGAGUGUGGGUUGGGACCAGUGGAGUUCCAUCGGUUUGCCGAGGGUGGAUUGAGGAGGUCGCCAGCACGCACACGGGAGGAGCCGCCAGCAUUUGAGGAGCCCUUGAGGGAGUUGGAGACGCAUUUGGAUAUCACUCGGUGGAGAGCGUCGCCUCGGGGUGAGGAGCAUGGAGCGCAGGCAAAGGCGGUGCCACGAGAGGAGGUGCCACGAGAGGAGAGGCAUAGAUUGGAGGCAGCGGGGAAACUUCCAGAGCAGCAGCUGGAGAGGCAGAGAUUGGAUGCAGCAGGGGCUCUCCCGGGUCAGCCACCCAGCGAGCCAGCAAAGGCCCCAGACAUCCCACAGAUGUGGAGGGACUUCUGGGAGCGGAGAGGAGAGGAGCUUCCUUCGCCAACCAGAGCGGGGUUUGGGGUGGCAAGGAAGGCAGAAGAAAGGUUGGAUCGCAAGAUCAAGUUCCUGGCCAAGACAACUUUUGACCGACACUUGUUGUUGGAGAGCGAUCUGGCAGGGAAGAAGAUAAAGGAAGCCGGCUAUGGAGUACGCCUGGAGGCUAUGGAGGUGGAAAUCCAGGAACUCGGGGCAUUGGUGGCCAGCCAGGCAGCUAUCAUCGAGAGCCUGAGGCAGCGAUCUCAGGGAGGGGCGGACAAGCCAGAGAGCAGCCGGCAGGGGGAGAAGAGGCAGCCAGGGCAUGGGUUGUCAGGACAACCAUCUGCAGCAGAGCCUCGCCAGGAGCCACCUUUGGGGAGAGUUAUCCUGGAGCCAAAGGAGGCGAGAGCCCAGAUGGGGGCAGAGAGAGAGGCCUUCGAGUUCAGAGCCCCUACUGAGCUCGCGACGCUAUAUAUAGCAGCGGCGGGCUCAGUCAUACCUUUGGCAGUUGAGGAGGGGCUACCACAAUCUAGCAGUGAGUCAGCUCUGGGCUCAGCGGAGGGAUCUAUGGACGUGCUCAUUGAGGCAGUGCACUCGAUGCAGGAGGAUGUGAGUUUGUUUUCGCCUGAGCAGAGGAUAAAGGAGCCUCUCGAGAGAGAGAUGGGGAUUGAGGCGGAGGGUGUCAUUGAGGGCGGGCUCCGGAGGUUGGGCACACCUGAGUACAGGCCAGGGGGGAUUGAGGAUCGACCAGGGCCGAGUACCCAGGAGAUGGAGACAGGAGAGGAGCCUUUGAAUAUGCCUCAGAGCCAUGAGCUGAGCAGGGAGGUCAGCGAAGCACCAUCAUUGCCAAGGUCUCAGAGGGGAAAGUAGAGGUCCAGAAAGUGGUUCGAUA